AUAUUUUCUGUGAUUAUAGAGUUCAAAAGCUGACUUUAUAAAUCUGAAUGUGUGUUUAAACCAGGCAUUAAUUCAGCGACACACACUGAAGCUCCGGUCACAGGUGUGUGAAGACACACCCACAGCGAACAGAGACAGGUUUAUUCAGGCUUCACACACACUUCACCGGCCAGCAAACUACGAGAAGAUCCUUCAUCAUGCAGUGCCCUCAGUCUCCGGGCCGAAUCCUGUCGGAGGAGCAGUUCUCCUGCUCCAUCUGUCUGGAGGUCUUCGUCGAGCCCGUCUCCACUCCCUGCGGACACACUUUCUGUAAGGCCUGUCUGCAGGGCUUCUGGAAUCACAGCAAGAAGUUCCUGUGUCCCAUGUGCAAGAAAACCUUCUCCAGAAAACCAGAGCUCAGCGUCAACUGUGUGCUGGCCGAGAUCGCAGAGCAGUUCCAGGGUCUGUCCACGAUGUCCUCGCUCGACCGCGCCAGGGUCGAGUUUACCAAUGCCCCACAGAAAGAGGACGACUGGGGAGACUUCGCUAAAGCGGGAGAGGUGCCCUGCGACGCCUGCAUCGGCCGGAAGAUGAAGGCCAUGAAGUCGUGUCUGAGCUGCCCGGGAUCGUUCUGCGAAGCUCACCUCCAGCAUCACAAGAAGGGGAAGGCGAUGAACUCACACAAGCUGGUGGAGCCCAUACACAACCUGGAGGACAAGAUGUGCAAGACACACAAGCGCCUCCUGGACGCCUACUGCCGAAACGAACAUGUGUGCGUGUGUAAGGAGUGCGCAGGGUCCUCGCAUAAAGGCCACGAGCUUGUCUCCACCGAACGAGAGUGGAAGAAGAAAACGAGUCAGCUGGGGAAGAAAAGGUCAGAACUGAAACAUCUGAUCAAGGAGCGAGAAAAGAAACUAGAGGAGAUCAAGCAGUCCAUCAAAGUGCUCAAAGACAGCGGUCAGAGAGAGGUGGAGGAGAGCUGGACGGUAUAUGCGGAGCUGCAGCGGCUGCUGGAACAGUCUCAGGCCGAGCUGCUGGAGCUCAUCUCCACGCGGCAGAAACAAGCGGAGCAGCAGGCCAAAGACCUGGCCAUCAGCCUGGAGCACGAGCUCAACACCCUGAGGAAGAGGAGCAGCGAGCUGGACGCUCUCGCUCAGACACAGGACAGGGUGCUCUUUCUACAGUUCCUGCCAUCUCUUCCUCCUCCAGCGGAGCCGUCUGAUUGGUCCUCUGUGUCCGUGAACACGGAUCUGUAUCUCAGCACCAUCAGGAAGUCCGUCUGCUCUCUGGUCGACAAGUUCCAACACGAGGUCAAACGGCUUUAUGGGAAAGAACUCAGGAAGCUGCAAAACUAUGCAAGUGAGGUGAUCUUGGAUCCUGCCACAGCUCAGCGUGAUCUCUGUCUGUCCGAGGACGGCCGGCAGGUACGCUAUGAUGAGCAGCGGAAGAGCUCCACACACUCAGACACGCCGCGCCGCUUCAGCCCAGCGCUGUUUGUCCUGGCGCGAGAGGGUCUUUCCUCCGGCAGACACUACUGGGAGGUGGACGUGGGACACAAGACCGCUUGGACAGUAGGAGUGGCCCGGGGGUCAGCGCGACGCAAAGGAGAGAUCCGCCUCAGUCCAGAAGGAGGCUUCUGGUGUUUAUGGCUGAAGAGUGGAGAAGUGAAAGCUCUCAGUGGUAACAGAGUUCCUCUGCAUCUCGCCACACUGCCUCAGAAGCUGGGCAUCUUCCUGGACUACGAAGCUGGACAGGUGUCCUUCUACGACGUGAAGACACGCUCUCAUCUCUACACGUUCACAGAUGCCUUCACUGAGAGCGUCUAUCCCAUCUUCAGCCCUUGCAUCAAUCAAGACGGAAGGAACCCCGGAGCGCUGGUCAUCACCGCCGUCAAACACAGCUGAGACGCCAAACUCACACCAGUGCUGAAAACUGAAGACUUAAAUUGUAUAAUGAGAUCACGUGACACUGAAGACUGGAGGAAUGAUGCUGAAAAUACAGCUUUGAGCACAGGAAUAUAUGACAUUUUACAGUAUAUUAACACAGAAAACAGAUAUUUGAAAUUAAUUUCAUUAUAUUACUGUAUUAGCCUUUACUGUAUUUUUUAUCAAAUAAAUGCAGUGAGCAUAUAAACGUAUUGACAACUACUUUUUGAUCUGAUUUUUCUGCUGAUGUCCUUCCCUCUAUUUGUUCCUUUUAUAUUUGCAUUUUACAUUUUGUUAUUGUUUUGAAAUGCAAUGAAAACUUUAUUGGCACCAAACUUUUGAACAGUUGUGCACUUUGGUUCACUUUAGCUCUGUUACUGUUAGCAUGAUGCUAAAUUACAGUUCCACAAUAAUGUUUAACUUGUGAAUUAAAGUAUAGAAUUGAAACAUUUGCUAAAAGCCACACUGUAACUCAAUCAGUCAUUUAAUUGUGUUUGACCCAUUGAAGAAAUGUAUGAUGUGAGCUGAAUGUUUAUGUGUGAUAUGCCAAUAUGUAUAAACAAAAAGGAUAAUUAAUGAACUGUAUACUGUAGAUCAGUCUCCUAUAUAUUUUCUGUAUUCAUUUUUAUUAUCAUAAAUACAUGUCAUAUUAUCAUUAUAAUAUUUGGAUAAAGGUUUCUCAUAAGUUUCUUUUCAGACCUUUUUAAUAAAAUUCAUAAUAUUAACUUGUC